CCUUGAAUUCAUACGAGUUUUCAGAUGCAGCCAGCACUGUGAAUUCAUGGUGGCAAUAUCAGUUUUGUGAUGUUUUCAUUGAAGCAAUCAAGCCCUACUUUGCUGGAGAUUCUCUGGCAUUUUUCCUCUGAAAGGAGAUAUGCAAAAGAUGCUCUUUGGCUGUGUCUUGAAACUGGUCCACGCUUGCUUCAUCCUUUUAUGCCAUUUCUUACUGAAGAAUUGUGGCAGCGCCUACCUGGCGCAAGGGACCUUGCAAGAAAAGAGUCCAUAAUGAUAUGCGAGUAUCCAUCACCUGUAGAGAGUUGGUCAGAUGACAGGGUUAAACAGGAUAUGGAUCGUGUAGAGUCAACUGUGAGAAGUCUCAGGUCACUCAGGGCAGAGCUGCAUGCUAAGCGGAAAAAUGAAAGGUAAGUGAAUGUAACAUUUUCUUUUGUCAUUCUGGUUUGGGUAUAAUUUCAAUCACUGGUCUAAACAGCAGUCAUGUUAUCAAUGGCAUCUAGAUUUUAAUAAUUGUUCUUCUCCAGGUUGCCUGCUUUUGCUUUGUGUCAAACUGAUGCUGUAGCUGAAACCAUUAGAAGUCACAAAUUAGAGAUCUUAACUCUAGCCACUCUUAUCAUCUUUAGAGGUAUGACAUUUUUUUGGUUAGUUGUAUCUUUUAAUUACUUGGUCAAACCGGUAAAAAUAAGAUAAAUGGUAAUAG